AUUUUAUUACUAUUAUCAUGACAUGUGAUGCUCUGUCAAUGUGGAUGAGGCGUGUGUUAUGGGCGUGUCAUUCCGGGGAGUGUCUGUAUCCAGCCAAUCAGAUCACAGACGCGAGGUCUGUGGGCGUGGUCACUCCUCCCACACUGUCCUGUCCCAGCUGCAGCACGCUUUUGUUCAAACUCAGAAAGUCAGACAGUCGCUCCUGUACAGAGGUGCGCUCCUGCGUAACUUUAACAAAAUGUGUUUAUAAAAAAUGUUGGCAGCGACAGCGUCGACGUGGUUAAACGCGUUCAACUCGACGUACUUUAACCCUUCAGUGCCACUUUUGGAGAGUAAAUAAUUUUUUCUUCUUCUUCUUUUUUUUUUUUGUUGCACUUUGUGUCGCCUCAAGUUGUUCAUACAGGGACAGCAAGGUGUCGUGAGCGAAGCAACCGGAGUCCUGGAAGAAGGGGGGAGGAUUUUCCUUGAACCAGUUUUGCUGGAGUAUGACUGCUGUCAAGUACAGUUACUAGACUCUUUUUACCGCUUCUUUGACAACAAAAAAGGAGCGAGAGUAAGCUUAUGCUACCCUUCAUCCUCCUCGCUGGAUAUCUAUGGAGAGGGUAUCCUGUAUGCUCUCACGCAGCUCUUGGACUUACUUGCGGCCGAGACAGCACCGUGAAUGUUGAUUUCCCCGACCUGGAUAGCAGAAGACGACACACUUAACCUCAUUUGAAUGCCUUUGCAAGGGGUUUGCUGGUUUCUGUGCUGCAGGCAGGGCUUCAGUUUGCUCGGACGGGACUAUGGGGAGAAAGAGGAGGAAGAGUCUUUUGAAUUGCGCAACAAGGAGGACUUGACUUCCAAUGGACGGAGUCCAGCUGAGGUGACUGUUUCUCAACCAACUCGCACAGCCAAUGGAACAAAUGGGCACACCGUCUCAGAGGUCUCUGACGAGAUGAAGAGCCUAAUCAUUGAGAAGAAUAAAAUGGGCCUGGAGGAAGAACCUGAACUGCUGGUCAAAGGAUGGCUGUUGCGGGAGGUGCGAGGCAACUGGAUCAAGCAGCGGCGGUACUGGUUUGUGCUGAGCCAAGACUCCCUCGACUACUACAGCGGACCAGAGAAAGGAGCCCGCAGACUGGGCACGCUGGUCCUCACCAACCUCUGCUCUGUCAUCUGGCCAGACAAGCAGACCUACAAGGAGACGGGCUACUGGAGCAUUACAGUAUACGGGCGGAAACACUGCUACAGGCUGUACACCAAGCACUUCAACGAGGCUGUGCACUGGGCAUGUGCCAUCCAGAAAAUCAUUGAUACCAAAGCACCCGUGGAAACACCAACGCAGCUCCUGAUCCGAGACAUUGAGGAGAAUAAGUUCAACCCAGAGGUAGUGGAGCACAUCUACCAGCACAACCCAAUCCUGAAGUACACCCAGGGUCCUCUGUACGCUCCCCUGCUGCCCUUCCCCUACGGCAGCCUGGAGCACACAUACCACAGCGGUAAAGGCUAUGGCUCGGUGCGUGAGGAGGCCGUGAAGCUCUUCAACUGCCUGCAGCAGCUAGAGUCGGCACGGGAUCCAGUUCCCAUCAUCCAGGGCGUGCUGCAGACCUGCCUGGACCUGCGGCCCCUCCGCGACGAGGUGUACUGCCAGCUAGUGAAGCAGACCAGCUACACGCCUGCCCCGUACACUGCUGCACACCUCCGCUACUGGCAGCUUCUCACAUGUAUGAGCUGCACCUUCCUGCCUGGGCCUACCGUGCUCAAGUAUCUGCGAUUCCACCUCAAGAGGAUCCAGAGCCAGAGUCCCGAGUCUGAGAUGGAUAACUAUGCAUCAUUCAUCAGCGAGGCUCUGGAGAAGACCAAGUGUCGGGAGUGUGUGCCAUCCUGGGAGGAGAUCCAGAUGCUUAUGAGCAGGCAGGAGAUGUUGUGCACUGUGCACUAUCCUGGCCCCGGAUCCUGCCAGCUCUACAUCAGCUCACACACUACAGCCAAUGAGGUGGUGCGAAGGAUGCAGGAGAAGCUCGGCCUGCAAGAGAGCAAAAACACAUUUGCACUGUACGAGCAGAACGCACUGUGGGAGCAGCCGGUCGCAGGGAGCGCUCUGAUCGCAGACAUCCUGACCAGCUUCUCCACCAAAGAGUCAGAGUCUAAAUCCCAAUGGAAACUGUGUUUCAAGCUCUACUGCCUGUUGGAUGCUGACAGCAUAUCAGUGGACAGCAUUGAAUAUCUUUUCCUCUUUGAGCAGUGCCAUGAGAUGGUGGUGCGUGGCCAGCUUCCAGCCUGUGAAGAGGAUCUCCAGGCCUUGGCUUCUCUGAGGCUUCAGUGUCUAAUGGGUGACUUCAGCACACACGCACCCUGCCCGCCUCUGGAUGAGCUUUUUCCGAGUCACAUGCUUGAAGCUCGGGUCCUCAUGUCCCUUUCCGCUCCCCAAGCCCUGCCUCCCUGCCAGGUAGCAGCUCAGGGCUGCCCCACGACGCAGCGCUUCCCGACGGGCCUCCUGGCGGGGACGCUGUGGAGCCACACAGCUACAGCAGCGCACAAGCAAAAGGUGGAGCAAGAUUUGCGCCUGCGGAGCCGGCUGAAGGAGGAGGCAGCAGCUGUUAUGGGAUCCAUCUUGGAGCGUUGGAAAGGUCUGGCUGGCUAUAGCCACAGGGACAGUAUGGCCGCCUACCUCACAAUCGCACGCCAGUGGUCAGGAUUUGGAUGCACUCUUUAUGAAGUGGACUUUUAUAUUAGUUCGACGGGGAGUUUUUCCCAGAAGCUGUGGCUGGGUGUAGCUGCUACAUCCGUUUCUUUGUAUCGGCAGGGAGAGGCAGAGGCCCUGGAGUCCUUCCCCUAUGGCCAGAUCUGCUCUUACGGUGUAUCUGACAGCAACACCUUCAAGAUCACAGCUGGGGAUCGGGAUCUGCUGUUUGAAACCACCAAGCUGACUGAGAUCAUGCAGCUGAUGAAUGCGUAUUUCAGUGCCAUCCGUCGCCAGCGAGGGAAAGGGGAAGAUGUGGACAUCACCAUCGCAGAGACCACAGAGGUGGGCUUCCAUCACCUGGCUUCGACACCUACGCACGCCCUCCUGGAGCUGCCGUCGCACCCUGUUUGAGAGGGACCCAUACCCGGAGACACCCCCAAAACCCCCCCACCGUCCUCCUCCACGUGGCCCCUAUGAGGCCCAGCCCCAGCCCUCAGGACCCCGCGCCUCCUCCGCUGGGAACGGCACGGCAGCCAAAACAAAGAGAGGGCUGUUUUCGCUCCCCGUCCGUGAAAAUAAACCGUCAGUGAGCUUUACAGCUGAAGGAGCUAGCCGACGCGGAGGGGAGGAGGGGACGGGAAGGCAAGGGGUUCUGUUUUGCAAGUGAGGCCAGAAACCCACAGAAACCAAUGCGGUUGCUGAUGAGGUGUCACACACCCCCCACCCCAUCCUGUCACGCAACCACCUCUGUUACUCUACAUGGCAACACACGCUACCCCAACCUCACCCCCCAACUCCCACCCCCCCCCCUCCACCCCCCCACACCCCCUUGACAAUGUGAGACGUUGGUGUGAGCCUUGCUACAUCAGGGAGAGAUAGCAUCAUAAGAGUUAGGACUUAUGGCAACAGUAAGCUGUGGUACUCCCCUCAUGAAGGUAUGGCUUAGAGUGAAAACACUACUCUCUCUCUCUUUCUCUCUCUCUCUCUCUCUCUCUCUCUCGAAGUGUGCCAUAUUUGUAUUGCCUUUCCUAGAAGGCAAUCGUCCCUCAUGCACUGCUGGAAUAGUGUUGAGAACAUUCAGCAACACACACACACACACACACAUACACACACACCCUCCCCUGUCUUUGGCUCUCUCUUUCUCUCUCUCUCACACACACACACACACACACAUAUACACACUUGCUCUCUCAUGCACCCUUAUGCUGACUUGUUCAUCAGAGACGGUCAGUUUUCAUAAGGUCCCAGCCAGGCUUGCAUUACCUGGAACUGUUGAUGCAGUGAGCCAUGUGAACUUGGAACUGGAAACAGAUGUUGCACUCUGUAGCUAAGUCACUUUGGCUGCCAUGGCCAUAUAGACUCUUACCGAUGGGAUUAUCAGUUUUGUGUGCGUGUAUGUGUGUGUGUGUGUGCGUGUAUGUGUCUAUUUGAUUAAGAAAACAAUUUCCUGGAUGGGACUUAAUUGUGUUUCACAGAAACCAAAGGAUUUAGGGGCUGUUUCUACAUUGUUUCCACCAAAAUGCUCUGAUUUGUCCUUAGUUGUGCUGCUUGUCUUGGCCGUAAUCCUCGACAUGAAACUUGGUUAACACUUGACUGAUUGGAUAAUUUUGCUUAUUGUCAGUUACUUUCCUAAUGCAGCUCGACUCUGCUGAAAAUAACAGGUGCUUCUCUGUUUCUUAUUGUUAUUUUCAUAAUGUAUAUAUUGAGUACACACACACACACAAAAAAAAACCCCCAGUCAGUGAUCAUUGAAGAUAUCACAAUAUUUGCCAUGAAGUUCCCCAUCUGUCCCCAUCUGCUAUUCAAACACACUUUUUUAAUUAGGCCAUGGAUGCUUUUGUAGUACUAUUUAUGCAGACUGCGAUUUUUUUUUUUUUUUUUUUUUUUUUUACUGUCCUUCAUGUCUUAAAUGCAGACCUAUGUGUGUUUUCAUUAGGUUUGCUUUAACUGAUCAGAGCCAUGAUGAUGUUUUUGGUUCUGUACCUUAAAGCAUGUGUAAAUCCUGUGUAGCUCCUUCUUUGUGUUCACCGUUUGAGUAUUCUUGUGAAGCCAAAGUUUUGCCAAGUCAUGGGUUUCAGCAUGGACCAAAGAUGUUUUUUUUUUUUUCUUUUAAUAAGCUUUUAUAACAAGAAAUUAUCCCAAAGCAGAUAGAUCCCCCCAAUUUAUAUUUUCCUUUUUUUUUUUUCAUUUAUUCAUUUUUAUUUAAACUUGAAUAUCAGACAAAUAUGAAGACAUCCAGUUGUAUACAUUGUACACUUUUAUUUAAUUGUAGUAGAUGACCAUUUUAGGAAUUUGAGACCAUAGAUAAUUUUUACAGUCCUGUCUGCUACACAACCCCAUGUGAUAACCAGCCUCAAAACUCAAGACAUAAAUCCUCUCACCAUGGAAGGCCUUGACGAGUCAUUGCACAGUCAGCCCUUUGCUUUUUCUACUGCAGCUGCAGGCAGCUCUGAGCUACAUGUAUUAAAAUAAAAAUAAAAUCAAAUUGCGGAUGUUUUUGCUUUGUAUUAAGCUUGUUUGUAUGCUGCAUGGUACCUUUUUAUGUAAUGUGUGUAUAGUUCAUUGCACUAUUGUUUGUUCUUAACUAACUUGGAAGUGCAAUAAGACUAUAAAUACUGUAUGUAAUUAAUAAAAACAGCACCAUUUUACCAUAUUUAGUCUUUGGUACUAUUGUCUAGCGUCAGCUCUCAUUUCCCUUGUUUCAUUUGCAGAGAAUGUGCUUUCUUGUACCUCGACUAGUGAAGCAGUGCAAGACUAUUGUUUUCAACCAGGCACAUUUUUAUAAAAGGCUCAAGUUUGGCGCCAGCAGCGGAGCUGAAAGCUACCUCCCCUGUAGCUUUUCUGCUUAAGAACAACAGUUGGUUGAGCAAGCGUUGCUAAGUGCUUUUACGUUCCCCUGUGGUAAUGAGCCUUAACUGAGUUGGAUGAACAGCUACUGACCACCAGUACACUACAGCUCCAGGUGAGGGGGCGGGGGGGAACAUGGCGUUUCAUUAUUUUACAUACAGGUUUGAACAAUUCUCUCCACAUAAAAUCUACCAAACAUGCCUACAGAUAAGAAAUGUUUCAAAUAGAAGAUACAAAAUAAUAGAAAAUUUGUUUAUUCCUAUUCGUCAUUUCAAACAGGUCCAACAAACAAAGCAACAUGAAACAGUAUAUUCAUUUAGACGAUAGAGAAGGCCAGUGAACCAGCUAUUCUUUAAAGUAUAUUUACAGGCAUAGAAAUGAAGCGUUUAACGAGAUCCAUCCUUGUACAAUGUCCAUCUGUGCAAACUGUUACUUUCUCUGUUGUUUAAAUGUCAAUGCAGUUUAUAUGGCAGGUAUUUAAACAUCAUUUUUGGCUUAAGCCAAGCUUCAACUUGACAUUCUUGUUGGUCGUGUACAGUGGUAACAAAUGAGCAAUGUGUAUCAGCAGCAGAUAGACGGUACAAAGCACCAUGUCAGAAAUGUGUGGGAUGCAAGAACCUGCAUUAACCAUCAUGCAAAUCAUUCCAUCUGUACUCCCAUUAUUUCAAGGCAAUCAUCCCCUAGACUGUGGACGUUUCACUGUAAAUAAACUGCACAAAAACGAAAAACACUGUACUCAGUAUAAAAAAAAUAGACCAAAACAAGGCAACAAGUUGUCUUUCAUUAAUGAAGACUUUUUAAAAUAGGCUUCAAGGGGGGGAAAGAUGAGUUUAGGAGAAAGAAUAAAGUAACUAUUAACAGAUAUUUAUAGAUUUUUUUUAAGACAUACUGAGGUUUUCUGCACAAACUUGCAGGGAAGAGGUGCUCUUACUUUCAUUUCACUGGACUAGUACAUAAAGGUUGCUUUAUGUAUACUGACUUUGACAAUCUCAG